GAAUUCAGUGUCCCCCUGUGGUCCCGCCCCCGCUGUGAGUGUCACCUCUGCUGGCCACUGGCACUCACACGGAGCUAACGAGCCCUCAGAAUGCUCCAAUGCGCGCGCGUUUUGGCGGCGGCACUUUUACGCACACACUCAAGUACCUGAAGUUAAAAGUCCUGCGCGCUGUUCUUGCGCUGAGUGCUGCGCGGAGCGUCCGGGCUGAUGGAUGCGCACGACUUUCAGCAUGUGAUUGACUCACAGCGAUUUGUGGAUUUUUAACUUCAGCGACAUUCCAGCAGACUGUUUUUGGAUCGCAUCCACAAUGUUGUGCAAACUUCUCCUCCUGUGGGUUUCUGUCACGGGUCUGGCGUUCGCGCAGUCUGACAGCUCUGGGCUGUUUUACGCACUGAGAUCGGAACUGUCCGAGGACGCGAUCCUGGUGGCGAAUAACGGAUUACGCGUGCCUUUCGGGAGAUCCGUCUUCAUCGAUCCUGUUAAUGACUUGGUGAUUCAGACGCAGCCGGGGGACCAGUGCGCGAUCACCGUCCUGGAUAACGAUCCGCUGGCGCAGAGACCAGGACAUCUCUCUCCCAAAAAGUUCCCGUGUGAUUUCGGUCCCAAUGACGUGACGUACUCGCAUUUCGGCGCGAGGAGUCCACCUAAAGACAGAGUCAGACUGCAGCUCAGGUAUGACUCGCAAAGCGAAACCGUUAUAAUCCCCUUCAUGAUGGAGGUUGAGGUCGUUUUUACGCAGCAGGAGCUCCUCACCAAAAACCUACCUCUACAUGUUGCCACUCUCAGAGGAAUCAGUAAUCGCAUUGAUGAGAAGAUUUUAGAGUUCACUUACGACGGAGUCUGUUAUAAAUGUGAGGUGACCUCCCUGGUGACAGGAGGAGUGCUCCCUAGAUAUGGAAGACUUCUUGAUGGGGGUAAACUUUCCACAAUGAUGGACUGUGACGAGUUCACAAAAGCUGACAUCCGCUAUCAGCACACCUUUGAGCACAAGUCUCCAAACAGGGAUUAUAUCCCCAUGGUGGUGGAGCUGCAUGAUAAGGAAGGAAACUUGGUGAAGCAGGAGUACUUUCAUCUCAUGGUUCACAUCAAAGAAGGAGAAGAAAACAAUCCUCCCAAACCCAGCUUUAUAGCUAUGAUGAUGAUGGAGGUCAGCCAGUUUGUCCUGACCGGAAUCACCGCUGAGAUGCUCGCAGCUGAGGAUUCUGAAUCAGACCCGGAUGAUCUGAUUUUCAACAUCACCUCCCCUUUGUCUUAUGAGGAGGGCUACAUCAUCAGCACAGAUGAUAGAAACCUGCCAAUCACCUCCUUUUACCAGAGAGACUUACGUGAACUUAAAAUAGCCUACAAACCCCCCUCGUUGGAUUCAGACACCGACAGGAUAUUCCAGCUAGAGUUUGAGGUGUUGGACACAGACGGGGCAGCGUCUGACCUCUUUGCUUUCACGAUCAUCGUGAAGCCGAUGAACACUCUGACCCCAGUUGUGACACGGAAUACGGGUCAGCUGCUCUACGAAGGUCAGUCUCGGCCGCUCUUCAGCGAGCACAAUUUGGAAAUCAAUGAUGAGGACAAUCUGUACGCGGUCAUCGUGACAGUCAUGGAUGGGCUGCGCCACGGAGACCUCACGGUACUGGGAUCUCGCCAGAAAGCCUUCACGCCGGCAGACCUUGCCACAGGGGUCGUCAUGUAUCAGCACGAUGGCAGCGACACGUACAGCGACAACGUCAUCUUCAAGAUGACAGAUGGGAAAAAUGAAGUGAAAUUCCUCUUUCCUAUAACAAUCGUUCCAACAGAUGAUGAGCCCCCGAUAAUAAAUGCCAACACUGGCCUGGUGGUUUUCAAAAAUCAGAUGUUGCCCAUUUCUCCCCUCAUGCUCAGUGCAGUUGAUAUUGAUUCUGAAGAUUCUAUUAUUAAAUUUACCAUCAUCCCGCCUUUUUCUACAAUCGGGGUGCUGCUCCUCAGGCAGUCAGACGCUCCUGAGGACCCCUCUUCUUGGAAGUUUAACACUGAGGAUGACGUGUAUGAGAAGGAGGUGAAAUGCUGGAUUCAGAAAGAUAUCACUGACGGGAAGUUGUUUUACAAGCACACAGGCGCUCACAGCACAGACAUGGUCAUAGAUCAGUUUGUGUUCACAGUUCAGGAUGAUAACAUCCCCCCUAAUGAGUCAGGACAGAGUGCGUUCAUAGUUAGAGUUUUACCUGUAGACAGUGUACCCCCUGAACUGUUCCCUGGCACCACCUUACACAUGACCGUCCAGGAGCACAAGGUCACUCGCUUUAGCAAAGAAGCUCUUCGUUACACUGAUUUAGAUUCAGAAGAUCGUGACCUCAAAUACACAGUCAUCCAGCCUCCAACCAAUACAGAUGAAAACAACCAGAUUAUCUUUGGUUCUGUAGUUCUGACCGAAAGUCCCCAUUCUGAAGUCACCGAGUUCACACAAGCUCAAAUUAAUCACCGUAACAUCUCUUACUCGCCGCCUAGUGUAGAGCUUCGAAUCACAACUCACGUGGUUCAGUUUGGUUAUUCUGUCGAAGACACGGCUGGUAACAGAGCAGAAGGCGUGUUCACUAUCUACCUGCAGCCCAUCAACAACAAGCCCCCUCAGAUCAUGAACACAGGCUUGACUGUCUUCAAACAUGGGCUGCACGUCAUUACUGUCGCCGAGCUCAGCGCCACAGACGUAGACACAGAGAACAAACACAUUUCCUUUCGUUUGAGCCAGCCUCCUAAACACGGUCAAAUCCAGUUCACGUUCACAGAUUUAGAGAGAAACGGGGUGUUCAAACUUGAAGAUAUCUCAGAGGGGAAGAUUUCAUAUAUUCACAGCGGGGAUGAGAUGACAAGCGAUGAAUUUCACUUGGAUGUCAGCGACGGGAUUCACGUUGUAACGGUAACAGUCAAAGUCCUAGUAAAAUCUGUCAAUGAUGAGACUCCGAUUGUGAGCCUGCCUGCAGGAACAAUUGGGUCGCAUAUAGAUGUGCUAGAAAACGCUACGGAAAUCACAACUAAUGUCAUUCAGCGCCAUGAUGACGACACAGACAACCUCCAGCUAACCUUUAUUGUAGAAGAUUUUCCAAUUAUGGGAGAAAUCCUGGUCAAGGGGGUGCCUGCAACUCAGUUUACGCAGGCUGACAUUAUUAAUGGUGUGGUUGUGUACGCACACACAGGCAGUGAGAUAGGUAUGACCUCUCAACAUGACAACUUUAAUUUAACGCUCACUGACACGUCUGAUGAUUGGACAGUAGGUGACAAUAAGGUCAAUGGAAUCCAAGUUCGAGUCACUAUUCUACCGGUUGACAGCCAGGUCCCUGAAGUCAGAGUUGGACUUCAGUUUAAUGUCACUGAAGGGCAGAAAUAUGCCAUUGGCCCUCAGCACUUGAAUGCUGAUGAUAAUGACACGCCAGUAGAUGAUAUUCUUUGCACCAUUAUUGUUCAGCCCACUGCUGGCUAUGUAGAAAAUAUAUCACCUGCCCCUGCCUCAGAAAAAUCCAGAUCUGGAACAGCUAUCAGUGCUUUUACCAUCAAAGACAUCAGCGAGGGAAAUAUCUACUAUGUGCAGAGCAUUCACAAAGGAGUAGAGCCAGUGGAGGAUAGGUUCAUAUUUAGGUGUUCAGAUGGCAUUAAUUUCUCCGAAAACCAUUUCUUCCCAAUAGUUAUUAUCCUCACGAAUGACGAAAAGCCGGAGAUUUACACCAGGGAGAUAGUUGUGAUGGAGGGGAUGAAUAUUGUCAUCAACACUCCCAUUCUGAACGGGUUCGAUGGCGAUAUUCCACUAGAGGAGUUGACGUUUAUCAUUUCCAAACCUCCCAAACAUGGCACUAUUUUAAACCAGCUAUCCACCGGCUCUGUUUUGGUGACUAAUUUCACUUUAGAGCAGAUUAGGGAGGCAUUGAGUAUUAUUUAUGAGCACGAUGACUCAGAGACCGCAGAGGACAGCUUUGAUGUCACCCUCACAGAUGGAAAGUAUGCAGUGCAGAAAACAGUCAUAGUUAUGAUCAUUGCUGUUGACGGAACCCCCCGAAUGAAGAUUAAUGAUGGCUUGGAGGUAGAAGUGGGAGAGACUAAAGAGAUCAAUGGCAAAGUGCUCAAAGCUACAGAUUUAGAUUCAGAUGAUAGUAUGUUUGGUGUAUAUCAUCCGGUUGGGGCUGGUCAGGGCUUCCUGCAAAGGAAGAAACCGUCUGGAUCUUUGGAGAACAUCACGUUAGGAAUGAAUUUUACACAAGCUGAAAUUGAUGCAGGGUCUUGUUGUUUAUUACCCACAAUGGACAAGAAGCGUCUGCGAUUAAUAUCAAAAUUUGAUGUUACGGACGGUAUAAAUCCACUAACUGACCGUUACUUUUAUAUCACUGUGGGCGGUAUUGAUAUGGUCUCUCCUGAUGUCAGUAAAGGUGUAUCUCUGAAAGAAGGUGGUAGGGUAACUUUGACCACAGAUCUUCUCAGCCCUACUGACAUCAACAGCGCAGAUGGAAACCUGGUUUUCACCAUUACCAGGUCUCCUGUCUUAGGCCACUUGGAGUGCACAGACAGUCCUGGGAUGCCUAUCACCUUUUUCACCCAGCUGCAACUCUCUGGCAGUAAAAUCUACUACAUCCACACUUCAGAUAACAAAGUGAAGAUGGACAGUUUUGAAUUUGAAAUAACAGAUGGUUUCAAUCCCGUCUUCAGAACGUUCAGAAUCUUGAUUGUGGAUGUGGACAAAAAGAAACCUAUUGUGGCAUCAAACGGUCUUGUUGUCACAGAAGGACAGACAAAGCUCAUCACACCAUUUGAGCUCACAGCUGAAGACCAGGAUACAGAUGAGAGACUGCUAAAAUUCACCAUCACCCAGCUGCCGCUUCAUGGCAAACUUCUCUACAACCAGACCACAGCUGUCACUACCUUCACAAAAUGGGACCUCAGUGAAAACCUGAUCAGCUACAAACACGAUGGUACUAAAUCAUCAGAGGACUUCCUUUUCCUUGUCAUCACUGAUGGCACACACACUGACUUAAUGUUUUUCCCGGACACUGUGUUUGAGACUCAACAUCCUCAAACUGUGGUGAUCACCGUAGUGGUGAUCAACAAUGGCGUCCCACAGAUUGUGGUAAAUAAAGGUGCUCAAACUUUGAAGAUCUUAGCCACAAGUCACCUGGGGUUCCCCAUCACCUCCAAAGUACUCAGAGCAGAAGACAGAGAUAGCAGCCCAUUCUCAGUGGUGUUCCACAUCACCACCCAGCCCAAACAUGGCUACAUCGUUAACCUGCAACAAGGAAACAUCAUCAACAUGUUUAGUCAAGCCGAUGUCAACGAUCUGAACAUCUGCUAUGUGUUACGGAGCGAAGAAAAUGCCACAGCUGACCUCUUCCAUUUUUCUGUGGAGGAUGAUGGUGGAAACAAGCUAAAGGGACAGCAUUUCCAUCUGGACUGGGCCUGGAUCUCUCUGGAGAAAGAGUACUAUGUUGUUGAUGAGGAGGACACAUUCCUGGAAGUAGUUCUUCAACGCAGAGGUUACCUGGGAGAGUCGUCUUUCAUUGGCAUUGGCACUCAGGAUGGUAGUGCGAAGAAAGAAGAAGACUUCAAGGGUAAGUCCCAGAGGCAGGUCCGGUUCAACCCAGGACAGACCAAGGCCACAUGGCGGAUUCGGAUCCUGGCUGAUGGGAAGUAUGAGCAGGCGGAGACCUUUCAGAUUUUUCUGUCGGAGCCAGUGAUGGCAGUUUUGGAGUUCCCUGUCAGAGCAACAGUGGAGAUCUUGGAUCCUAGUGAUGAGUCCACUGUGUUCUUCCAUGAACAGAUCUACUCAGUGCAGGAAGAUGUUGGGGAGCUUUUCAUCCCCGUGCACCGCAGUGGAGACAUCAGUCAGGAGCUCCUAAUGGUUUGCUCCACACAGCAGGGUUCAGCCACUGGAACAAUUCCCACCACUAUCCUCUCUUACUCGGACUACAUCACUCGUCCGGAUGAGCAUGGUAGCAUCCUCCGUUUCGACAAGGGCGAGAGAGAAAAACAGUGUCGCGUGGUGAUCAUCGAUGACUCUCUGUACGAAGGAGAUGAGAGCUUCAACGUCACUCUUUCACUGCCGGUCACGGGCCGUCUCGGAAGUCACUACCCUACUACUAAAGUCAUCAUCUUGGAAGAUCUGGAUGAUGCUCCAGUGUUUUACUUUGAUGAAACAGAGUAUCACGUUGAUGAGAGUGAUGGACAUGUGGAGGUCAAAGUGUGGAGGACGGGAGCUGAUCUGUCCUCAAUGGGGUCAGUCACUGUCCACUCUUGUGAGACAGAGCCUCCCUCUGAAGAAGCUGGUGCUGACUACGUAGAUACCAGUCGUAACCUGGACUUUGCCCCAGGUGUCAGCAGCCAGACAUUUAGGGUCACCAUUCUAGAUGACCUGGGUCAGCCAGAGCUCGAGGGGACAAAGACUUUUGAGCUUGUCCUCAGUAUGCCAGUGAAUGGUAUCCUGGGAGAACCUAGGAAGGGUACCGUCUUCAUCACUGACUCAGUGUCUGACUUACCAAAGGUGCAGUUCAGCAAACCGCUGUACACAGGAGAGGAGAGUGACGGUCAGGUCACUGCGACGGUGUACCGCAGCGGUGACAUCAGGCACAAGUCCACUGUGCGCUGUUACACCCAGCAGGGUUCUGCCCAAAUCACCUCAGACUUUGAGGAGCGACCAAACACGGAUGCAUCAAUCAUCACAUUUUUGCCAGGUGAAACUCAGAAACCGUGUAUUCUGUCACUGGUCGAUGACACUCUGUAUGAGGAAGGGGAAGAGCUGCGCUUGGUCCUGGGAAACCCAAAGGGUACCUCGCGGUUUGGAGCGUCAGUGGGAGCUGUGAAUGAGACUGUGGUGAAAAUCAAAGACACAGCUGACAAGCCAAUCAUUCGUUUUUUGGAAACCAAAUUCAGCGUGGGUGAACCUAAGGGGGCGAGCACAGUGGCAACAGUGAGGGUCCCUGUGGUUCGAGUGGGUGACACAUCAAAGGUGUCGGUGGUCCGUGUUCACACCAAGGAUGGCUCAGCGGUCUCAGGAGAGGACUACUACCCCAUGUCUCAAGACAUUGAGUUCAGACAGGGGGAGAGGGAGCAUGUGGUGGAGGUGGAAGUGCUGUACGAUGGCAUCAGAGAGACGAGGGAAGCGUUCACUCUUCACCUGAUGCCUGAUGAAAACCUGGUGGCCGACAUUCAGGUUACUAAAGUAAUAGUUUACAUCGAGGAGACCGACGUGGCUGAUGUCACCUUCCCUUCGUUGCCUCAUGUGGUGUCGCUCCUUCACUAUGAUGACAUCAUCGGGACACCAGACAUCCUCCACCCACCAGCAGGCUACCCCGUCAUCUGUGUUACUGCUUGUGACACUAAGUAUGCAGACUACGACAAGACUGCCUCUAUCUGUGUCAGUGAGCACAUCAACAACACCUUGACCCGCUACCGCUGGCUCGUCAGUGCCCCAGCAGGCCAUGAUGGCGUCCCCAGUCCCAUGAGGGAGGUGAACUUUGACACCUUCGUCACGUCCUCUAAGAUGAUCACACUGGAUUCUGUGUACUUUCAGGCAGGCUCCAGAGUCCAGUGUGCUGCAAGAGCCUUUACCUCUGAUGGGGAUGAGGGUUUAGAGCUCAGCAGCCUCAUUGUCACUGUCAGCAACCAUGAAGGGAUGUGCCAGCCGCUUAAGAUGGGGACGGUUGGUGCUGAACCUUUCUCCGCCAAGCUGCGUUACACUGGAACAGAUGACCCGAAUCACCCAAACCUCAUCAAAGUGACUGUCACCAUGCCGCACGUAGAUGGCAUGCUUCCGAUCAUUUCCACACAGCCUCUCGUCAACUUUGAGCUGACUCUCAGUCCUGAUGGACCGCGGGUUGGAAACCAUCGCUGCUCCAACCUGCUUGACUACAAUGAGGUCACCACAGGCCACGGCUUCAUCACCGCCUCAACGCGCAUCCCGGAGAGCACAGGGGACACAGCGCCGUAUCAAUUCAGCAGUUCUCUGCGGGGCAAAAACACAUUGCGGUUCUACAGGAAUCUCAACCUGGAGGUGUGUCUCUGGGAGUUCAACAGCUACUACGACAUGUCUGAACUGCUCACCGACUGCGGAGGCACUAUAGCAACUGAUGGACAGGUGCUGAACCUGGUCCAGUCCUACGUGACCCUGCGUGUGCCUCUUUAUGUGUCGUACGUGUUCCACUCCCCCGUGGGCGCCGGCGGCUGGCAGCACUUUGACCUGCAGUCAGAGCUGCACCUCACUUUUGUGUACGACACAGCCAUUCUCUGGAAGGACGGCAUCGGAAGCACCCCGCAGGCGGAGCUGCAGGGUGUAUUGUAUCCAACUAGCAUGCGUAUCAAUAACCAGAGAGGGCUGGUGGUUAACUUCCGCACCAAGGCUCAUUUCAGAGGUCUCUUUGUGGAGACCUCUGAAAUGAGCAAAAUAAAGCAAGAUGCAGCCUCCAUGUCAUCCAUAGUGAUAAGUGUGGACCGCCCUGGCAUGACCUUUAACCUGUCCUUAGUGAAGAGUGAGCCCACCUACAACCAACCAGUCCAGCAGUGGCUCUUUACCUCUGACUUUGCAGUGAGAGACUACUCUGGUACGUACACAGUGAAGCUGAUCCCCUGUAUAACAACCCAGAAUAUGGAAUACAGUGUUCCACCUGUCUGCAGUCCUAGAGAACCUGUCACCUUUGACCUAGACAUCAGGUUCCAGCAAGUGAGUGACCCAGUUGCAGCCGAAUUUAGUCUGAACACACAGAUGUUCUUGUUGUCCAAAAGGAGCUCGUGGUUGUCUGAUGGUUCUAUGGGAUUCAGUCAGGAGACUGAUGUCGCCUUUUCUCAGGGUGACACAGUCUAUGGUCGUGUUAUGGUGGACCCUGUGCAGAACCGGGGAGACUCUUUCCUCUGUAACAUAGAGAAGGUGUUCCUCUGUGUGGGUGCCGAUGGAUACAUCCCAAAAUACAACCCAACAAAUUUUGAGUUUGGCUGCCUGGCUGACACACCUUCGAUGCUCUAUAGGUUCAAAAUUCUCGACAAGGCUCAGCCUGAGACACAGGCACAUGCAUUUGGCGAUGUUGCUUUUAACGCUGUGCUGGCGGUGGAUGAUCCCUCAGCCGUGUCCCUCGUCACACAGCCAGGAUCAGAUGGGUUCAGAUUUGAUUCCACGCCCAUGUUCCAGGUUGCUGGAGGCUGUGAGUGGUAUAUUCACAUCAUUUAUACAGCCCGUUCCAAAGCAAAUGCCAAUCAAGGAAUCGGAAAGCGCAGUUCAAAGUCCCACUCUUUGGUUUCCACGAGUGACAGCUCCUUUCUAACACCCAUUGUCAAACAUCAACGCUUCAGACGGUCAUCUAGCACUCACAUCCCCAAGAUAGUCAAGAAUAUUGGCGGUGACAACAACCGUGGUACCAAUAUCAUGCACAUCACUUUGGAUCGCACCAAGCAAUGGGCAGAGGGCUCCAAUGAGCCGUAUAUUGAUGGGCUUGAAUCUAAAGAACUGACUGCAGAGGUGGAAGGUGUUGGUCUGGUGACUGUGGUAGGAGCAUUGGUGGGGAUCCUGCUGACUGUCCUCUUGGUUAUUGUCCUCGUACUUGUGCUGAGAUCCAGACAGAAGGACGGGAAACAGGGAUGGAGGAAUGGGUUGCAGGAGGUGGUGAAAGGAUCUAUCAGUACAGAACCCAUGUUGGUGGUGAGGAUGCAAGACUGUCACAACAGCUCAGAGGUCUGAGCAACGGAUCCAAUAACGGACACAUGGAGAAAAAAGAUAACGUGUCACUUUUAUAAAUUUUGGAAACA